GAUGAUGAUUCUCUCAAAGAGCCUCGCGACCUGGAAGGACACAAUAUCCCCGCGUAUUUAUCAGUCUAUACGCUUGCAAAUAUACAGGAAUUAACUUUUUUUGCUCACAGACGGGGACGUAGUGGCGGUUAGGAGAUGGUUUUGCAGCGUUUCCCUAGCUAGCGACGAACGACUGUUCUUUCAUAACAUCAGCAAGCUGCAGUCACUGUAUACUGAAUUCUUGACUUCUGACAACAAUAAACACACACAUCACAAAGACACGGGCGCUAAAGUUAAGUAUGGACUACGAAAGACCCAACGUAGAGACCAUCAAGUGUGUUGUUGUGGGAGACAAUGCCGUGGGGAAGACUCGCCUUAUUUGUGCCCGGGCCUGCAACACUACCCUUACCCAAUACCAGCUGUUGGCUACCCAUGUACCCACCGUCUGGGCCAUCGACCAGUACAGAGUCUGUCAAGAGGUCUUAGAACGUUCCAGAGAUGUUGUGGAUGACGUAAGUGUGUCCCUCCGGCUAUGGGAUACCUUUGGAGACCAUCACAAAGACAGACGCUUCGCCUACGGGAGGUCUGACGUCGUGGUUCUCUGCUUUUCCAUCGCCAAUCCCAACUCCCUUCAUCAUGUUAAAUCCAUGUGGUACCUCGAGAUCAAGCACUUCUGUCCACGCACACCCGUCAUCUUGGUCGGUUGUCAGCUGGACUUGCGCUAUGCUGACCUGGAGGCAGUCAAUCGAGCUAGGCGACCAUUAUCAAGGCCCAUUAAACCCGGAGAUAUUUUGCCUCCGGAGAGUGGAAGGGAGGUAGCCAAAGAGCUUGGCAUCCCAUACUAUGAGACAAGUGUUUUCGACCAGUUCGGUAUCAAGGAUAUCUUUGACAAUGCCAUCCGAGCAGCCCUCAUCUCCAGACGCCACCUACAAUUUUGGAAGUCCCACCUGAGGAAGGUCCAGAGGCCACUGCUGCAGGCACCAUUUUUACCACCCAAAGCUCCUCCACCACUUAUUAAGAUCCCAGAGUGCCCAGCCAAAACCCGGGAUGGUCUGAGGCAGCUUCUUGAGAGCCCCCUGUGCGCUGAUGUUAUGUUCAUCAUUCAGGAAAACGUCCACUUGUUUGCCCACAGGAUCUACCUGUCUACCUCAUCUUCCAAAUUCUUUGACCUCUUUCAAAUGGACUUCUCAGACGAGUCCCAGUGCUUGGUGGUAACUGAGCAUCACAGGAGGGAUCAACUGAUGCGCACACUAAGCCUGGACACAGAAGAGGACGUCACCGUUCUCCCCAGCCUUUCGCCAUGCUCGCUCCGAGCAUCCAAGAGUGAUGGUACCCUCAAGAUGAUGAGUUUCAGUGGGAUGCACCGGCGCACAAGGCUGUCUCUGGCCUCUUGGAGCAAGGCUUUCUACAGCAUCCACAAGGAGAACGUGCUCAACCCAGUCACGGGUACGCCGGCUCUUAUGACUGUUGUGAAGAUGGAUCAUUCCAUCCACCAUGGACCAUUCAGUGCUGUCCUACGCUUCCUCUACACUGGUGAGCUGGAUGAGAAGGAGAAGGACCUGAUGAAGAUCGCCCAGAUUGCGGAAAUCCUAGAAGUGUUUGAUCUUAGGAUGAUGGUGGAGAACAUCAUGAACAAUGAGGGCUUCAUGAAUCAAGAGAUCACAAAAGCAUUCCAUGUGAGAAAGGCAAACCGAAUCAAAGAGUGUCUCGCGAAGAAUAAUUUCACAGAUGUGGUGUUCAGGUUGGAUGAUGGCACCAUUAACGCCCACAAACCACUGCUGAUCUCAAGUUGUGACUGGAUGGCUGCCUUAUUUGGGGGCUCUUUCAUGGAGAGUGCAAAUGACGAGGUCUCAUUCCCCAACACCAGCAGGGUAUGUAUGCAGGCAGUGCUCGAGUAUCUCUACACCAAUCAGCUGUCGCCCAUGGCAGACCUGGACCCAAUGGAGCUAAUCGCCCUGGCCAACAGACUGUGCCUUCCACGGCUCAUCGCCCUGACAGAGCAAUACGCCGUGAGCGAGUUAUUAAAAGCAUCUAAAGAUGGACAGGAUAUUGACGGCGAGAUACUCACUUAUCUGGAGCUUGCUCAGUUCCAUAAUGCUAUUCAACUCGCUGCCUGGUGUUUACACUACAUCUGCACCCAUUACAACAGGAUAUGUGCCAAUUACCGCAAAGAGAUCAAGUCGAAAUCGCUGGAAAACCAGGAAUAUUUUGAGAAGCACCGCUGGCCUCCGGUCUGGUAUCUGAAGGAGGAAGAUCACUAUCAGCGGGUGAAGAAGGAGAGGGAGAAAGAGGAUGUGGUUUUGAAUAAACAUCACUCGCGGCGACGCUGGUGUUUCUGGAGCACGUCCCCUGCUGUUGCUUGAGUCUGUAUCAUUCUAAAGCUCGUUUUAUUUUUAAAGCUCUUCUUUUCCUUCUUUUCCAAUUUUGCUAAGAUGAAACAGGCCACACUAAAUGAGCAAUCGGUUUGAAGCACAAUCUUAAUGUCCAAUCAAUGCUGGCCAACAAAUCUGUGGAGGUGAUGUAAGCCUAUUCCUUAUGGUGUAAUACUAAUUGUUUUAAUAAUUGAGCUGCUGUGUUGGACUUGUUUGUGUCAGAGCAGUGAUCUGACUGUGUUACACGCAUAAGAAUCUUAAAACACUAAGAGGAUUAGGGAAUCUGUUUUAUCUUGUAUUUCCUUUUUUCACUUAGGUGCUAUAUACUGUAUAUUUGCAUUAACACACUGUUAAAUGAAGUCAUCUAAGUGGAAAAUGCUCAUCAUGUCACUAAUUCUGAGCACAUGCAUUGAUUUACAAAAUUUGCACUGUAUAAUUCUACGUUCAGGCAAAUUUUGGGUAAUGUGGGAGGACUGUGUUUUGGACAACUUAUGACCAAAAACUAAGAGCACUUGAGGUUUGGGCUUGCUGUAGAUUGUAAUAUAAUGGAUGUAGUGAUUGUAAGAGCUUACAGCAUUCAGCCCUAUGUAAAUAGUAGGGAUAGGAACGCAAUAGCUUAACUGUAAAAAAA